UGACGUCAGUUUGUUCCGUUGUUUUUACUUUCGGUUUGUGUCAGUCGGUAGUUAAGUGUCAUGUUGUACCGAGUAACUGGCACAUUGCACUGGAUUUGAACGUGCUCGAAUACUUCCGCUGGCCAUUCUCUUCUGGGCGUUUUAACUUUUAAUAUCUAAACGGAUACUUAUUUGACGUAUAGCUGGUGUAUUUUGACGGCGUUAGCAUCUAGCGCUAACGAGCUAGCGUCUCUCGUCCGGUGGGAGAACGAACGUCGAGGAGAAGAAACACGAUGUUGUUCCCGAGGCUCCUGCUCCUCCGGCUCUCCGCGGGUCUCCUGGCUUCGACCGCAGCCGCUUGGACGAACACAGACGGGACAAGUGUGGAAAAAUUCAUCAUUAAAGAGAGGGAUUCUGUCACGUUACCCUGCUCUAUGACAAACAAGGAGAACCUCAGAGGAACGGUGUUCGACUGGAGGAAAGAUGGUCUGGAGGUCUUCCUGUACGUUGCUGGUUCUUAUUACGGAAACGGCUAUCUGGGCCAGGACGAGCAGUACAAAGGACGGGUCUCACAUUUUGAGGAAGAGCUGAAGGACGGAAACGCCUCCAUACUUAUCAGAAACACUCAGAUUGCUGACAGCGGAAACUACACCUGUGUGCUUCCACAUCUUUUGCCAGGACGAACAUUCCACAGUGAGCUUGUUGUUGGAGCAGCUCCAAAACCGUCCAUCAAAACACUUGGUGAAACAGAAGACGGAGUUCAGCUGCAGUGUGAAGUUCAUGGUGCGUCUCCAAAACCACGUGUCCAGUGGCAGGACAGAGCUGGAAACAUUGUUCCUGCUGAAGAACCUCAGGUCUCAGAAAGAGGAGGCAGCUACGACAUCGUCCUCCAAACUACUGUGACCAAGACCGACUACUAUCGCUGUGUCUCCACACAGGACGAGAUCAACCAUCAGACACAUGCUGAGACUUAUGUUCGUGUUCAUAAGAAUCAUGGAUGGAAGUUUGCUGUUGGAUUUGUUGUCGGUGUAGUUUUGACUCUUCUUGUUGUCGGUGUCGUUCUAUUUGUGCUUUUCAAGACUUGUCGCAUCAAACGUGAUAAAGGUUCUGGUCAGCAGGGGAAAAGUUCUUCUACUUCAGUGCAGUUGGUUCUUCUCAAACUGUCUGGUGAUGAAAUGGUUAACGGUUCGGCGGUACACCACGGUGGAACUCCCGACGGUUCUGGUCAGCUGGGGAACGUUCCUGCUCCUUCAGGAGACGAGGCUUGUGUAAUACAGGUUGUCGAAGGAACAGAUACCGGUUUGGCGGUACACCACAGUGAAACUCCCAACGGUUCUGGUCUGUGGUGGAACGGUUCUGCCUGACUUGCUCGUAAAGAAGCUCAAACCCAGGAUUUUGUAACGUCCGUCGCUCGAAUGUCUUUUAAGGUGUCGGUGGGUGAUGUUCACCCAAAAAGAAAAAGAUUAAGCUGCUUUUGGAUUUUUUAAACCUGAGGGGGCAGUGAUCUUACUAAGCUGAUGCUACAGAUCCCUUUGGUUUUAGCACCUGACAUUUUGGAAACCUAUUUAAAUGUUGUGUUCCACACCGACCUGACAGCUGGUGGACGGUGAGGAAAAUAUUCACUGACUUCUACAUGAAGUGUUUUGGAUUACAUCUCUGCUCACUGCCCUUUUUAAUAGUUUUUUUAAAAUUGAUAUUUAUUAUUCAGGACUUUCAUAAUCACUACUUCAGAUCCUCUGGUGAAAAAAAGAAAAUAAGUCUUUGUAUAAUUACUUGAACCAAGAGCCAUGGAGCUGAUGUCGUCAGCUUCUCUGUCAAACAACCAGCAGCAUUAUUCAAAAACUAGUGAACUGAUUUCCAAGACAUUUUGUGGAGGGGGAGCACAGACCUGCCUCGCUCAAACUCAGCCCAGUUAUCUUUGAAGGUAAAUAUUUUGCACAAUGCAAGCGCUUGUAGACUGGAUUUGUGAACUUGUAGAAAAGAUUUGAACCUGUACGUUGAAAUUUUCACUCAGAAAAUAUUCACAUCUGUGUUCUGAAUUUGAAUUCACAGAAGAAAUAUGUCACUCAUUCACAAACAUAUUACAUAUUACAAUUCAAUUUCCAUGACGCGUAUCAUAUCUACAGCGGCAUAUAUGGUUUUAAAAGUAAGCACUCAUUCACAGCCACCUAUGAACAAAUACAUUUAAGAAAAUAUAAUUCUUGUCAGAUCGCAGGGAGCUGGACUCGAUCUCCCCACAGCAGAAGUCCUAAAACUGAAAGUCUCGGCUUAUCACCGUGAGCCACGCCCGCCUAACGCGCCGGUGUCGGUCACAUAUUGACACAUUAUGUCAUCCUCCAGGUAACGUUCGCAUCUGGGUUCACCUGAAUCGGUUACCAUCGGCUCGUCUCAGGAAAUACCAGAAUUAAUCGAGAUUGUUUUCUCGUUAUGACAGAAAAACGAUCCAACUCCAGACAAUACUGUCAAAACACUGAUCCACAGGAAGAAGUAAAAUAUACGUGGUAAUGAUUGAAGUAAAACUAUAAACAAUAAAAAAAAUUAAUUUCUAAUGCCUUUUCUUAAAAUGAAUGCUUCACUGUUUGAGUUCGGUAACGAAUUGAUGGAGGUGAACCCAGAGCAGAACGUCACUUGUGAAGUUGAAGUGGCAGAUUCGAGAGGUCGUAAUGAGUAAAAAUAGUUCAUAUGAGUAAAUGUUAGAUUACAAGUUUGCAGAUGCCAGUGUAUUCAUGUAAAUAUCGAUCUACACGUUUGUGAAUAUUUUAUUCUGUGAGUGAAAAUUUCAACAUACGUUCCAAUCUUUUCUACGAGUUCUCACGUGGUCUUCCACAGGUUCACUAAUCCAGUCUACAUAUUUACCUUCAUAGUUAUCCUCCCUUUGUUCUUCAGGGCUGGAAUUAAUUUAAAUAGGUUUCCAAAAUGUCAGGUGCUAAAACCAAAGGGAUCUGUAGCAUCAGCUUAGUAAGUUCACUGCCUCCUCAGGUUUAAAAUUCAAAAGCAGCUUAAUCUUUUUCUUUUUGGGAAAGAAGUUCAAGUUGUGCCUCUCACUUAGACCUGUGCCUGGAACGCUUGAAACAUAACAUUGUUACUCACAGUAGUUGUCAGUCAGACGAAGUCGAACCCUUGACGUUACGUCGAUUGAUUGUAAACCAGCUGCUUUGUACAAAGACGACAAACGUCCUCAUCUUUAAUGUUACAUCCAGAUCCACAGCGUAGAAGCUAAAUCACUCCCACAGUCCACUAGAAUUUCCAAUAAAACCUUGUUGAGAAGGACGAUGGUUUGAAAGAAAGUCUCAGAUGAAGGAAAAAAACCAAGGUGAGUAAGGUAUUAAGAAAAAUUAAUAUUAAUAAUGUGAUUAUUACUUCUACUUUACUACUUUAUGAAGAGCUUCUCACUGUCACAUUAAUUGUGUUCUUUUGAAUUAUGCACUUUGUGGUCAGCCAACAUGUUAUUUCUUUUUGGACUUGUACCUUUUCAAAAUGUGCCUCUCAGUUAAAGAUAUAUAUGUCUGUGAAUGUGCCAGAUUCUUCCCGAUGUACAGAGACUCAUGUUCUGUUAAGUGGUUCAGAUUUUACUUCUGAACAAGCUGUAUUUUCUGAUGCAAACCACUUCAGAACUGAGCUUUAUUGUUAUGCAUAGAACAUAAACGAGACAUCAAUAAAUUAGACUAUAUAGAGUUCUAAUUAGCUUUUUCAGCACUAUGAAUGGAAUGAAUGACUUGUUAGAGGAAUUGUGUUAUGUGAUCUGUAUGAACUGGAGACAUGCUGUGAUACUGAACUUAACAACCUGUCAAAACUUUUCAAGCGCUAGCUUUUGCCUUCUUUGUGGAAUUUCCAGGUAAGAAAAAGUAUAAAAAAGACAAACAUUCAUCUUUGUGUGUCUGAGAAGGUUUUGUCUUGCAGAUAAAGUGAAAGUGAUUAUGUUUUAUUGGCCUCAUACAUUCACAAGCUACGCAGCAAUAUAAAUUAAAAAAUAAAAAAUAAAUGUAUAAAGCGCAA